GACCGUGCUGAAGAGAAUCACGAGAGCAAGGAGGACAGCGAGUGAAAGAGAAAGAGAGAUCGACGAGGUCGUUCGAAGGUGGGAGCGCGAGGUGCCCGAGCAACGGAGGAGAAGCAGAUGUCUGAAGGGAAGGGGAUGGCGCACGGGGGUGGUGGAGCGCGCAACGUGCAGCGCGGGGACAGGCGGUGGUCGCGACUUGCUGGCAGUCUCGUUGAUCCGGCUGCGAGCAGUGCGCGCCGUGACGUGACAAUGGCGGUAGUCGUAAUUGCGGUACGGUGCGAUACUGUGAUCAGCUGAUCGACCGAGUCUGAGAGAAAAGGGUAGAGAGAAAGAGAGAGAGAGAGAGAGAGAGAAAAAGAGAAAGAGAGAAAGGGCCGAGAUCGCGAGAUCGAGAGUGAAAGCGAGAGAAAGGACGCGCGGGUAUCUUUAAAGAGGCACCGACCACGAGAAAGAGAGGCCCCCGAAAGAGUUUGCCCCCUCGCAAACCGUCUCGCGCUUAGUCAUGUCGUCGCACUCGUGAUCGGGUUCGAAGGUGUGUGCUCCUCGUUCUCCCCCCCGGUUGUAUGUGAAUUAUACAGUGUGCCGCCCCGGCGCUCUCCCCAGCUUCCCUGCCCCUCGCCCGUCCCCGUUCGUCGUCACGCGCGUACAUCCGCCCGGUGUGUUGUGUCUGUGCGGCACGUAUGCGUGGGGUUCGCACGACCGGUAGAUAAAUGUCUCUCAGUCAUGCCCGCCGUGCGGAAGUACCGAAGGGAUACCAGCGAGGUGAGCUGCUGCCUCAAGUACGUGAUCUUUGGAUUUAACGUCAUGUUCUGGUGGCUCGGUCUGGGCAUCAUGGCAGUGGGCGUCUGGGCAUGGACCGAAAAGGACACCUUCAACAACCUGUCCCGCCUCACGAACGUCGCACUCGAUCCAGCAUUUAUCCUUAUUCUAGUCGGUACAGUGACAUUUAUCAUCGGUUUCACGGGAUGCGUCGGCGCGCUACGGGAGAACACGUGCCUCCUCGCUGCGUACGCGAUAUUUCUGGCACUACUGCUGCUGAUGGAAAUGACUGCCGGUGUUUUGGGAUUCAUCUUCAAAGAUUGGAUAAAGUCACAAGCUACGGGGGGCUUCCAAGCGUUCAUCAUUCACUACAGAGAGGAUCCCGAUCAGCAGAAUCUCAUCGACUGGAUUCAAGAAGAUUGGUUGCAAUGUUGCGGCAUCGAGGGUCCGAAGGAUUGGGACCGUAACAAUUAUUUCAAUUGUUCGUCGAGCGACAUUGGCUCGAGGGAAGCGUGCGGCGUGCCUUUUAGCUGUUGCAAGCGAAAACCUAAUGAAAUCAUUAAAAAUAAACAAUGCGGUUACGACGUAAGAAAACCCAGUUACACGGGAGAGAGGAGUAUAUUCGAGCGGGGUUGCCUAAGAGCGGGCGAGGAGUGGCUAGAAUUGAACCUCGUACCCGUCGCUGGUACCGUGGUCAGCACCAUGGUUCUGCAGAACUUCGAGGUCGCCAAAGUGAUUUACGAAAAAGGUUGCAUACAGGCCGGCGAGGAGUGGAUAGAACGAAAUCUCCUCGCGAUUGCCAGCGGUGCGGUUGGCACAGCGUUCACUGAGAUUCUGGGAAUCUGCUUCGCGCAGAAUCUGCGAGCGGAUAUAUUCGCGCAAAAGGCGAAGUGGCAUUGACAAUCGCGUGCCCCCACGGCAGUCUAGCAUCUUGUCUUUAUAGAUGCUAACCGGCUACGUUGAUCGAAUUAUCAAGGUCUCGACGCGAACUCGGGACUCCGGCGAGCGGACUGAUCGGAUCUUUUCCUGGACGAAGAGAGAAUCCCGGACACCUCGAAGGAUUUUCACGAUCGAGACAACAUCGAUGAACUGCGAUUCUCCGACGAUAAUGAGAUCCGUCCGAUAGCGCUGCGUUUCGCACCGCUCGAAUCCUUCGACUUGUAAAUAUACGAGAAAAUUCGCAGUUGCGCGCGACGACCUCGUCCUGCUCCUUCCGUACCGUCCAAUCGAUUAAUCGCCCGAUUUGUCGAAUAAUGAGAGAAAUUGAUUGUUUUCAAAGUUCCUUAUUUAUCGCGUGCUGAUUAUCGUUCUUGAGUAGAUUUCUUGUCGUAAAUACAGACGGAGUAAUCUUCAAAAGUAACGUUUAAAUCUAAAUAAUUUCCUAAAUUUAUCAGCAUGCAUGUUAAAGAUAUUUUGCACCUUAUUUAUUUACGGCAUUGUAAUUUAAUCGUUUUACACAACAAUUGAUAAAAAUAUAAAUUUUUACGUGAUUUAUAUUAAAAUGAGAAUUGAUAAAGUUUACACAAAACUUUAAUUUUAAAUUAGUGAUAUUUAAUUCCAAUGGGAUUUCUCAAUUUUGGCAAAUUAUCAUUCAACGUUAUAUAAUAGAAAAUUUAUUUUGUCAUAUAUGUAUGUUUUUAUUAAUUAAGAUCAAUUUCUCUCGCUAUAAAACAACGUCGACGAGAAGACGCUGGUUGUCGCGACGCAAGCGUUCAAGAAGCGUGCAAGAAGGUUUUUCGACGAGUGCAUCGCAGUAUAUCGUCACGAAACAUCCGAUGUAACGUUUGUCUUCAUCACCGGAGCGGAACGUCUCGAUGUUUCAUCUCGACGUUGUUGCCUGCGAAACGUAUUUAUUUCUUUGCGAGAAAUCAUGCGCCAAAAUAUUUCUCUUAAAAAUUGCGAAAUCCAGGCAUCCGCGCUUUUAAAUAAUUGCUUUACAAAUUUGACAUGAGUCUAAUGUAUCAAAAUUGAAUUUUCGAAAAUUGUGGAAGAGCCCAUUUCUUUCAACGAAUCAUUCAAAUUUGUAAAAUAGUCUCUAACAAAGAUAUUUUUGAGACAGAUUCUUGCACAGUAAUAAUUGCUCUUUAAAUCGAAAUUAGUGAAAUCUAAUUUCAGUGCUAUACUUAUAACUAUAUUAAUUAAUGAUAUAUGUACUAUCUUUCAGUGAUAAUAUACUGAUUCCGAACAAUGAAAGUACUCCUCUUUUUAUCGGAAUUACUGAAAGACAAGGAAUAGUGAUACUCAUAAUUGUAACACUACACAUCAAUGAAUGACACUGAUUUCAAUUUAGAUAGUAUAUUUCUUUGUUAAUAUUUCUUUUAAUUAAUUAAAUUUCAAUACGUAUGACUUAAAUUACAUCUUGAGCAACGGCAAUAAAGCUGGCUUGACUAAAUCAUCUCAUUGUACAAAAUGGUUAUAUGUACGGAUAUUUGUUUAGUAUAUCCGGGUUUCUCAAACCGACAAGUCAACAAGCGAUCACAAGUGACACUCAAAGCAAUGGACUCGAUUCCACGGAAAAUCGAUACUCUUAAGGCAAACAAUGGAAUCUCAUCCGGUGCCUGGUACUCGCAAUUCGAUCUCUCUCGAGACGCCUUAGGGCUGAUUGCAUCAAUAUCGAUUAUCGUUACUAAUCGCGGUUAACUGCAUUUUCGUUUUCUGCCUACAUAAGUCUGCCACAAUUUAAAUUGUCAAUGAAAAUUAUUUAAUCAAAUCGAAAACUAUCGAUCCGGUUAACUCUUAGGCCCGAUUACACCAAAGUUAAUUAUCGUCAACCGUUAUUUAUCGAAUAUUUUCUAUUGGAACUCAGUCGUACGAAACAUGUACAAGAAAUGAACGCAUUAGCGAAGUUAAACGACAGAUGCAACUCCUUCCGGGCUCGCGCGGAACCGCUCGACCGUUGCAGGACACGGUCGACUGCGGAAUCCCGUUCUCUCUUUCCUCCGGGGACGAAGAAAAGUCGAUACGUUUCGCGCAUUUAGAAUAGGAAAAGACAGACGAACGCUCUCGCCUAGGAUUCGCGAGUUACAAUGUGCUGUCGAGCGCCGUUAUAAGGUCGGUCAACGUGACGUCGUCGUGGGGGCGCGGUGAACGAGAGAAGUCAACUUCACCGCACAAGUGAACCAGAAACAACUUACCGCCGUAUAUACUACGGCAGCCAUACAAUAUACAACAAGUAUACAAUAAUAAUUUUCCCUUGUUCCCAAUCGGUCGACAAAACGACACAGUAAUGGAUCCACCGGGUGCCACCUCGGGCAUAUCGAUUCCUCUUGAUUGCAUACAUUCCAUCCCUCCAUCGAUGGGCCAGGUGCCCGUCAUACACCGUGUCUACCGCACUGUAUAUCGAGAAUCGCAUCGAAAGCACUCCUUCGAUUUUACGAUCGCGACUGUUUGUUGUCACGGUAACUGCGAAUGUAAACAAAAAUAAAUUCAAAGCUUCAAACAUUUUGACGCAACAAAUAAUUCCUCGCACAUUUCAUUAUAUUUUUUAAAAACACAAUUAAAUAAAAGAGGAACUUUUAAUCUUUGAAUUUCCCGUUGAAAUUUACGCGCGACGGAAUUUAAUACUCCAGGCUGGAAAAAAAUGACGACAGCUUGCGCAAACAAACACAGUCGUAAAUUACGAUAAUCGUUUGAGUGUUCAUCGAUUUGAAAUAAUUCACGUGAGAGAUAAUAUCGAAGGAUUUCGACAUGUGCCGCUGAAGGGUCGCUGGUAAAAGCGGAUUUUAUAUUGCAUAGUGUAAAUUAUGCGGGGUAUGUACAUGUAUUACAUGGUUUACGUGCAUUAUACUGUGCGAGUAGACGCGGGUGGCAUAACGUGCUAACUUGGGCUGUUAAUAUUUAUAAAUCUUGUGUGCUGGGAAACGCGACGGUUCUAUGUAUUUAUUUAUGCUCGAACUUAACAACAACGGGGCAAAAGUUUGCGGCGAUGGCUGGGGGAGAAAUGUUUCGCGAGGCUUUCUCGAAUCUUCGAAAAUUUAUUUCUUUGCCGCGAAUGAAGAUAGAUAAGGUCACUUUUCCGAAAGCAUCACGCGGCUGGACCGUGCGCAAAGCUGACUUGCAAUAUCUCGUAAACUGCCGAUUUUCAUGACAACGAGAUGCAAGUUGUACGUAAUACGUCUUAUUUGAAAUGAAUUUCUUAAUUAAUUAAAAAAUGCGGUUGUUUUAAAUGUACGAAAAAAUAUGUAUAGAUAAUUAUACAAAGAACAUGUCAUCUUAAUUUUUAAAUUUAUGUUUUGAGAAAUUUCCUCUAAAAAAACCGCAAAUCACAAAUGCGUUGUCCAAAUGAUCGAUCUACGUGUCAAUCGAUCGUAUGAAACCUGUUACUGAGAUGGUUCGAGCAUAAAUGCGAUAUAAGUCAUUCCGAUAUCUUUGUUUUAAGAAUCGCUUCUUAAAUGACGGAAUUCCCAGUAAAUCUCGUCGCAUCACGGUAGAUAGCCGAAUAUAUACAAUUAACGAGACAUUUGGAGGAACGCCGUUGUUAUUUCACGAAAUUUGCGAAUUUAUUGUUAACCCGAAAACAACUCUAUCGUGAAUUCGCGGUGCUGUGAUCCGUUAGUUACUCGUUUCGCCGUAUAAAGGAGUUAAGUUAACCGACAAUUGUAAUUUUUUACGAGCCAUCGACGCGAAUGAAGGAAGCGGGUUUAGCAAAGGCUGUGCUAUUUAAGACGAUACUCUCGAAGUAAUGCUCUCUCUCUAUAUAUAUAUAUAUAAUUGUUUUUAAUCGUCGUCCUCCCUCUUUCUCUCUCUUUCUCUGUCUCUCAUGUGUUCAACGACGACGGCAUGAGCGGCGGAUGUGUACAUGUUUUAACGACGACCGUGUACAUACAGACCCGCAGCGAUCUAGAUAUAUUUUGCCAAGAUUGAAAUGUAGAAAAGAAUCGCGAUAGUAUUCCUUAGGGAAAUAAGAAUUUACUCUUUUAGAAACAAAUACAUCUCGAUAUUCAUAACAAUAUGUAGCGCAUACGCGAAGUGUAUCGCGGUUUCUAUAUUUCAUUCGCAAGCACGUGCGGCAAGCGGACACAUACAUAGUAUAAAAUCGUCGAAACAAUUUGCUAAACCCGACAUUCCGGCCCGUGCACCGACCCAUUAACCCGAGUUGUUAACCUGAUCCGAUAUCCUCAUCGAGACAACCGCAACAGGCAAUCUCGCCAAAGAAUAUACGGAUCACGUGACACGAAUUAAACCAGUUUCUCUCUUUCUCUCUCUCUUUUGAUUUAAAUAUAUACUGUAGUGCGUCGAGCGUUAAGUUAGUGCGCGAUUUAACCCGAUUUCCAUAUCUCCGCGAGAGAUUGCCUCGCCUUUUUCGCCUUAUUCUCCGUUAAAUUUACCCAAGCCGCGGAUCAAGCACGUCGAUCAUCGCGCUUCUCCGUUUCACAUCGCGUCGUUAAAUAUCAGUUACUUAGGUUUAUAAGAUAUCUAAUCGUUGCCGCAAGAUCGAGCCAGUAAUGUGGUUGAGCAAUUUAGUUUUAAUUAUUCACAAGAGAUCUACGCUGCAGCCGUCCUUCGAAAGCCGUGAUCCGAGAUCAGUUUUAUUUCCAAAACUAACUUCUAAAAUGGCGAAAUAGUUUCUCAUGUCUUGCGUGAUAUUUAAACGACAAGUUUAACAAGUUUUGACAAGUUUUUGGUCUCUCUGUGCACGAUUCAUCAUUGCGUCUUUGUAAUUUCUCAUAAAUAUUUGCACAUUUAGACUUUGAAUGCGAUGACGAAUGCAUAUAAUUUUUGUUUAUUAACUUUAUAAUAAAAAUAUGAUUUUACAUUUCUUCUUUUGUUGUUUUUUCUUCUUUCACUAAUUUUAUUUACUUUAUUUUAUUUAGUUAUAAUUUUAAUAACUUUACCGAUUAAUCUCGAACAGAGAAAACUCGAUGAAAAAACCCGAGAUAAAUUUAUCUGAUCAAAUUAGAGAUUAGAUUUAUCUCGGAUGAGAAAGCUCGAGAUAAAUUUUAUCUAUGUACACUUAACUUUAAUGUUGAUAUUGGUGUUUAUGUCUUCUUGUUUACACGUUUUUCUUAUUUUACAUAAAUAUAUUCAAUAAAUUUGUUUUUAUACAAAAAAAUCCACAAUUUUUAAGUAUUAAGAACAAAAAAAGCUCUUGACGAUUUUAUUAAUAAUAUCUAAGAUAUUUCUUAUGAUAUUAAUGGCAAUGCACGUAGUAAAACUUAAAUGUAAAAGUAUUCACAGUUGUCUUCAUAAAGUAAUCGAUAAUGACCCAGCAACCUGAGAUAACCCGAUAAUUUGUAUCUUACUAUUCGAUCCGUCUACUAUGUCUUACGGGCGAUUACAACGUUGACAUUUGUUCUUUCGAAUUCCUGUAAAUACUGUACAUGUACUUGUAAAAAAAGAAAAAAAAGAACUAAGAGAUAGUUUAAUCGCUUGACCAACACCGUUAUACGGUGAACAAAGAUGAUGUAAUAUAACGUUUUCCCCGUGUAGAAUAAAAAAAAUGGAAUUUAUUAGGACCGAUCGAUUGCCGACCGGCAAUCCAAAUCUUGUAAAUACGUAACCGUGUACGAUGAUAUCGUUAUAAUCGAACUAAAUCACUUAUUGUGCCAAAAACGUGCAGUCAAAUUCGACACUUCUUAAAAUGAACUUAGAAGAUAAUCACAAAAAUGUAUGAUCGAAUAGUUUAUACUGCGUUACGUCCCCAUUUUUUAGAACUAUUUUACAUUUUACUUCUCCUACAGCUUUCUAAUGCGUAUUCCAUGUUUUUUUUUAAAUGUGGCUCUAAAGCAAUUUAAAGCUUUUCAAUUUAAACUAUUUAAUAUGGUAUUAUUCAAAGCAUCCAAGUAAUGUAAUUAAAAGCAGAAGAAAUUUAUUACGCUCGGCAAUUAUGCUGCACAAUUAUACUUAUCUGUAUUUUAUACAACUCGUGUAUGUAACAGUACACGCGCUGAUGUACACCCAAUGUAAAUAAGAGCGAAACACGUCCGAGUAGACUAACUAAUCAGACAAAGCCCGAUGUUCUUACUAUUUCGAUCCUACUGAGCUUCGCUUCGUUAAGCUGCAGCGAAAAAUUCUGAGGGAAGCGAACCGAGUGCCUCUCGUUAUUUCGAAGGCCGGUAGAGAAAUCAUAAUGAAGCGUAUCCCUCGUGCCACAAAUGCGUUCGAAUAAUGGCUCGAAAAAGCUUACGGAGUUCAGGUUCGUUAAUUGCACGGAAAAAGAAAUUCGCCAUGAAGGAACUGAAGGAAGUUCGUAUAAGUUGAUUACGAUUUACGUGCUGCCUUAAUUUUUAAUAUAGCCUCGAUUAAACGAUUACGAAAUAUAUGAGCCACGAUUGUCAAACGCGCUUCGAACCGUCACUGAAAUAAUUACGACCACUGCCAUUGUGGUGUAUGACCUUUUGAUAAUUUGCGAUUUAUUGUAUCGGUACGACUAUAUACAUAUGUAAUAUAGGUAAAUAGCACGUACUCCUAAGUGUAAUCAUUGUAAUUGAACUAAUGUAAAUACAGCCACAUACUUUUCUUGUAACGGUUAAGAGAUUACUACUUGUAAUGUUUUUAUGGGCAACAAAUGAACAUUUAUACCCGAUCGACGUGUGAGUCAAUAAAAAUUACGAUAAUUGGUA